CGGAUUUAAAGAUGAUCAAAUCAAAACAUAAAAAAUGAAUUAAAUAUUUUUCUUUUCGAGUCUAAAUCAUUUGAUCAAUAUAAGCUCAUAAACUAGACAAACAGUAUUUAAAUAGGAUCUGGCAAACCUGAUCAAAUCCUUGCGUUUUUUUUUCGUUAAAAUAAUCAUCAAGUUAUAUCAUCAUAAUUAUCGAUACCAUAAUUGGUUUAGCAAAAAUGAAUUUCUUAGCAAAAAAUUAUAUGUCAUUAAAUGCAAAGCCGACAAUGAAUCUGGAUAUGAAUAUUAAUCGUUCCAAUCGUCAUCAACGUAAAAUUAGUUCAACAACAGAAUUCAAAGAGAUAGCAAAAAAAGAUUCUAUAAAUCAAUUAUCCACCGAAUUAGAUAAGUUAAGUUUAACCUGUAAAAAUGAGGAGGAAAAAAAACAUUUUCUGUCAGAAGCUCGUGGAUUUAAAGAUUUAUUUGAAAAAUUUAUUGUUGGAAAUGAAGCAAUUGUUUGGGAUAAAAUUCAACCAUUACCAGAUGAAGCAGUUUGUCGUUAUGGUACGUUGGAUGAUCCUCCUCCCGAAAUAAUUCGUGAAAUGCUCAAUCAACUGGUUGUUGUAAAAUUAAAUGGUGGUCUUGGAACAUCGAUGGGCUGUACGGGCCCGAAAUCUGUGAUACCAGUUCGUAAUGAUUUAACAUUCUUGGAUCUAACAGUCCAACAAAUCGAAAAGCUCAACAAAACCUAUGAUGCCGAUGUGCCACUAGUCUUAAUGAAUUCGUUUAACACUCAUGAUGAUACACAGAAAUUGCUUCGUAAAUAUGCAGGUUUUCGUGUGGCCAUUUUUACAUUCAUGCAAAGUCGAUAUCCACGCAUCAAUAAGGAGACGCUUAUGCCCAUCUCUACGUCAUUGAAUUCAAAUCCAGAAGAUUGGUAUCCACCUGGCCAUGGAGAUUUUUACCAAUCAUUCUUUGAAUCUAACCUUCUGGAUGAUUUUCUAAAAGCUGGUCGAAAAUAUGUAUUCUUAUCGAAUAUCGACAAUCUCGGAGCUACGGUUGAUCUGAAAAUAUUGAACUACUUGCUAAAUCCAUCCAUUUCAUCACCGCCAACCUAUGUUAUGGAAGUAACAGAUAAAACUCAUGCAGAUGUCAAAGGUGGUACAUUGAUUCAAUAUGAAGGUCAUAUUCGUUUGUUAGAAAUUGCUCAAGUUCCCAAAGCUCAUGUAGAAGAAUUUAAAAGCGUAAAAAAAUUCAAAAUAUUCAACACGAAUAAUCUAUGGAUAAAUUUGAAUGAACUGAAAAGAUUGGUCGAUAGCAAAAUGUUGAACAUGGAUAUCAUCGUCAAUAAUAAGCAUUUGGAUUGUGGUAUAGACGUUAUUCAAUUGGAAACAGCAGUUGGUUCUGCAAUGAAAACAUUUAGCGGUGCUAUUGGUGUCAAUGUGCCGCGUAGUCGAUUUUUACCAGUGAAAAAAACAUCCGAUUUAUUGUUGGUGAUGUCAAAUCUUUAUUCAUUGAAUGAUGGUGCCUUGAUUAUGAAUCCAUUACGUUCAUUCCCAUCUGUGCCUUUAGUCAAACUUGGUGAUUCACAUUUUACAAAAGUUCGAGAUUUUAUUUCCCGUUUUGCUAGCAUACCAGACAUGGUUGAACUUAUUCAUUUGACUGUCAGUGGUGAUGUGACUUUCGGAUCUAAAGUUGUUUUAAAAGGAACCGUGAUCAUUAUUGCUAAUCAUGGCGAACGAAUUGAUAUUCCAUCCGGUGCCAUACUCGAGAACAAAAUUGUUUCAGGCAAUCUUCGUAUUCUUGAUCAUUAAAUUCUUAGUCAUUUUAAACAUUCAACAUAAAUUUGCUAUAUUUGUAACUUUUUUAAUUGAUAUCUUAUCAAAUUAUAUGAUUAUCCAUUG